AUGGUGCAAGGUCUAUUCAAUCCUAUUGUGGCAGGCAUUUGGGAACGCGAAUUUAAGGGGGCCCCAGAGAAAGCGCAGAUGACGCUCUUGCUUUGGUUGAGUCCGAACGUAUCAGAGCUGACUCUCGGUACCUACAACGGCUCUCUGAGCAGAAUUCUUGGUCUUGAACUUGGAUCAAGCAGGCCCAGUCAAUUUGUAAAACUUACUACGAUCAACGUCAUCACAGACAGUUUCAUUAUGAAUGAUGAUCAUAACGGACUUUGGAACACUAUCGUCACCGCGAACCGUACGAUAUACAACGCGCUCUUCUCGGCCUCGAGGCUAUACGGCUUCCUUUCGAAGGAGAUGGGCUCCGAAAUCUUAGCACUCUUCAUCUCGUUGACUGCCAUCUAUCGAUGCAACAGAUAA